CAGCUAGCAACGGCUGCAACCGGGCUGCUUACUCAUCAUGCACAUUUCAUACGUUCAGGUUUAUUUUAUUUCUCUUAUUGAUGAAUUACGACACACAGGGCAGUGUUUUAAAAAUAAUUAUUCAGAUAAUUUUCGUUCGCACGGACUUGUCUUCCGGAGCCUGAACAUACUAGUCCUAUGAAGAUUUUAACUCGUUCACUAGUUACUAGUAGUUAGCCGAGGAGUAGCAAGCAAGCUAAGCUAGCUCUGUCGGACGGCUUUGUUUUCCCAAAACUGUAAUAACUUUUUUAAAAUACAUAUUUCCAGACGCCUUAUAAUCGUGUACAUUUGCACAAGCGAAGUUUGUUUUUUGCAGUUUAAAUUGAGUAGCAGUUAAAUUGCUGUGCCCGAGAAGUGCAGCAGCAGUGAGUAACGCGUCCAGAGAUGGACCAUCGGCCCGCCCGGCACUUACGACGACGUCUCUGCUAGGUUUUUAAGCGAUUUUAAAGAAAAAAAAUUGUAUUUUAAAUCCUGUUCUCGUACCGUAAAACAUACAAACAGCAAUGAAAACCAAUGGCGGCAGAAUUGGAGGGACCAUCACAAUCGGAUGGACAAGGUUCUGGGGAGACUGCCGAAGUGGGGAAAUUACUGCAUGAUGAUGUGGAGGAGACAAUGGGAGUCACUGACCAUGAGACAGUUGAGGAGCCAGACCUCACGCCCCCCACAUUCAAGCCACCAGUGGAGGAAAAGCCCCUUUUCCAUGACAGCCGUAGGCCCCCCAGCGCCUCGGUGCCAUACAAGCUUUCCAUCAGUGGAGAAAGCAUUCCAUACACCAUCAAUCGGUAUCUACGGGACUAUCAGCGGGAGGGUGUGUGCUUCAUCUACAACAAUUAUGUAAACUCUAGAGGCUGCAUUCUGGGCGAUGACAUGGGCCUUGGGAAGACCAUACAGGUGAUUGCUUUUCUGGCUGCUGUCCUGCACAAAACAGGAACAUGGGAUGAUGUUGAAAACAAUGUUCCACAUUUUUUACUGUCUCAGAGAUCUUCUAAGCCAUGCAGAAUCAGUAAGGUGUUCCUCAUCGUGGCUCCACUCUCUGUACUCUACAACUGGAAGGAUGAGCUUGACACCUGGGGUCACUUCCGCAUCAUUGUCGUCCAUGGCACCAGGAAGGAAGAAGAGUUUGCCCGUGUGAGGAGGGGGAGGUGUGAAAUUGCCCUGACUACCUAUGAAACACUUCGACUUUGCAUGGACCAGUUCAACAGUAUCAACUGGUCUGCCAUCAUUGUGGAUGAGGUCCACAGGCUUAAAAAUCCCAACUCGCAGAUCACCCAGGCCAUGAAGGAGAUGAAAUGUAAGGUUCGGAUAGGACUGACGGGCACCAUUCUGCAGAACAACUUGGAGGAGUUGUGGUGCGUCAUGGACUGGGCUAACCCGGGCUGCCUGGGCAGCCUUGAGUGCUUCAGAAACCGUUUUGCUGAACCUAUUGAGCGGGGUCAGAGGCGCAGCACCACCAAGCGGGCGCUGGCCUUAGGCAGGGAGGCAGUGCGCCAGCUGUCCCGGCAGCUCAUCCGCUGGUUUCUCAGGAGAACCAAGGCUCUCAUCUGGAGCCAGCUGCCCAAGAAAGAAGACAGGGUGGUAUUCUGUUCCCUGACGGACUUCCAGGAGACGGUGUACCGCACAGUGCUGGACUCAGAAGAUGUCUCCCUGCUUCUGCGCAGUGGAGAGCGCUGUUGUGGCAGUGGACGAACCAGGAGCAAGUGCUGCUUUAAGAACAACUCAAAGGGGGUACCAGUGAAAGAUGUGUAUUUCAGCUACCUGGCCAUACUGAGGAAGGUGGCUAACCAUGUGGCCUUACUGCAGCCCAGAGGGAGCACCAGUAAAAAGCAGGAGCAGUACGUGAAUGAAAUCUGCGAGAAAGUUUUCCAGAAAUUUCCAGGCUUCACCCAGAGGUGCAAGCAGGCUGCCUUCGAGGCCAUGUCAGACCCAGUGUACAGCGGAAAAAUGAAGGUUCUGCAGAGGCUGCUCAAUCAUUAUGUACAGAACAAAGACAAAGUGCUCCUCUUUUCCAUCUCCACCAAGCUCCUGGACAUCCUGGAGAGCUACUGCAUGGCAGCUGGGAUUGAGUACAGGAGGUUGGAUGGUACCACCAAGUCGAAGGACCGAGUUAAAAUCGUCAAGGAGUUCAACAGUUCACUGGACAUCAACAUCUGCCUGGUGUCCACUAUGGCUGGUGGGCUAGGACUGAAUUUUGUUGGUGCAAACAUUGUGGUGUUAUUUGACCCCACAUGGAACCCGGCCAGUGACCUUCAGGCUGUUGAUAGGGCAUAUCGCAUUGGCCAGUAUAGAGAUGUGACAGUGCUCAGGCUGAUUUCGCUGGGCACGGUAGAGGAGAUCAUUUAUCUGCGACAGGUUUACAAACAGCAACUGCAGUCAGCUGUGGUAGGGAAGGAGCACGCACGGCGCUAUUUCGAAGCCAUACAGGGGCCAGAUGGCCACUCUGGGGAGCUGUUUGGGGUCCGCAACCUGUUCCGGCUGCAGACCCAGGGCACCUGUCUCACGAAGCAGAUCCUGGAGAGGGAGGGACACCUGGAGGCAGGCAUCAUGAUGGCUCGCACAGCAGCAGUGGCGAGGAGAGAGAACGCAGCUAAAGAGCAACCAAGGGAGGCGUUUCCUAGAGGGGAAUGCAGCAAGACAGAUGUAGGGGGAGCUGCAGGAGUUUUGGAUUUCAGCAGUGCCAGUGAGGAUGAGGGUGGGCAUAGUGCUCGUAAGAAGCCUUCGACCAGUACUGGGGAGGAAGAACAGUAUCCUCGUGGCUCCUUGUCUGGUGGCCUAAGCCUCCUCCACCAUGGGUUUUCCAGAUACCUCCAAGGUAAUGGGGCAAGUACUGUGAGAUGCAGUGCCAGUGAGAAGAGCAGCAUGGAUGAGGAAGAUGCUCAUCGAAAAGAAGGCCACCCAGCCUGUUCAACACAUCCCAAGUGGACAGUUUCAAGUGAUUCUGAGGGGGAUUUAAACCAAAAUGAGUGUGAGAACAGGAUGGUGUCCGGUGCUAGGAAAAGGGAUCCAAAUAAUGUCUCCAGAGGUCCCCAAGUUUCAGCAGCUGUUUGCAGGAAAUUGAGAGCCAAGAGGAGGAGAGUGGGCCAAAAUCUAGGCCUGGGGGAUCCCUGGGAGUCAGAGUCCUCCUCAGACAAUGCUGAAGACGUUAAACGCAUCACUGAAUGCCUGCCUGGCAGUGCAUGCAAGGCAGAGCACAAUGCUGAUGAGACGGGUGAAACAGAAACCCCAAAACCCAUGGGUCAGACACAUGCCAGCAAUCUAAGUGGUACCGCUGACAAUGGGAAGAAACACUAUAGACUGGGCUCAGUUAAAGCAGAACAUCUGUGUCAGCCACUGGCAGGGAUGGACCUCACCUGUUCAGGGCAUGAAGGUCUCUUCAAAGCAAAUAAAUCCCAGGCAGACACCUACGAGGCUUCAGUGCACAAAGCUUUCACUACUAAUGAUCCAAGGAAAACUGGCAGAACCAUAUGCAAGGGACUGACGAGUGAAGAUGCAGUGCAGCCUGGCAAAGAUCAUCAUGUUGGAUCCAUUGACAAAUUAUUAGAUGGAGUACAGGAAGUUGUGUACAUACACUCCAAUCAGCAUGUUGUGGGUUCCAGUAAAGUGGAGGAGCGCCUCAGUCGUGCUGCCAUCCGGGACGUGUUCUGCUAUCGGAGGAACUCGCAGGCUCCGGCCAAUCAGCUGUUGGAGAGCAUGGAGACACUAUCAGCAGAGGCAAGAGCGAUAGACCAUGCAGGGGCUGGACCACAGGUACCCUCUGUGAAACACCCGGUUACCCAGACCCUGAAGACUGUCCAUCGUACUCGAAAUGUCACGUUUAUCAUUGGGGAGACACCUAGCGCCAUUCGUAGGAGGGAACUGGAAGAGAUGGCAACCUUCUUCAAGGCUGCAUCCGUACAGGAUUUUGCAGAAGAUCUGUUGAAAAGCACCUCAGACAUGCGACAGGCCAUGCUGAAGGACUUCUACAGCAGCCGGAGCCCAGAUCUGAAGGCUCUUCUGAGCAGGAUUCUUCCAGACCCAGUGGUGGCACAGCCCAGCUCUCCUACAACAGCCAAACAAUUUCAGCCUCGUACUUCAUUGUCCUCUGUCUCACGGAAGCAAAAGACCAGCUGUGCAGUGAGGAGCUAUGGUUCCAGAUCUAAAUCCUGCAUUAUACACCAGAAGUUAGAUGUUGCCAAGCAGACAUCACCAGAGAGAGAGAGGGACAAGGGGUGUCUAAACUCACGUAUUGUAGAGACCCCUGAGGGCUAUGAUGCUCAUCUGAAAGGCACUUCUGAGUCUGGUCCUCUGGCUGGACCUUCCAACAAACUGUGUAAAAAAUCAAACAAACCUUCCUCUACCUCUGUACCCACACAAGACCUUCCUAGGUCCUUGCAUGACAACAAAGCUCUCUUGGGACAUGAGAACCCCCCAACCUUCUCUUCUUCCACAGGCUCAGAACUCAGGAGCCAUAAGCAUUUCCUGUCAGACCUGAUAGGAGACACCUCCAUUCUGGAUGACUUCUUCCAAAGGAAGCCCAAGACAGCCCAACCCACUGGCCUACCUGCUGCGAGUCGAGGAGAGAGAUCGAAGAACCGCUGCAGGGAUGUGUGGGAUAUCCUCAAUGAAGGAAAUGAGGAGUGCAUAAACAAGCUGACAGAUUUGUCACAGGUGGAGAUGAUGUGCAAGAAUGCAAAAGUAGCUGGCAAAGCUAAACACAUAGAAAACAGCGAGGGCACUCAGCUCUGGCGGAAGAAUGAGAAGUUUCUGUGGAAGAAAUAGGGCAUAUGGUUAUACUGACUUGCGAGACAUGCUCUGAACCCAGCCACUUGUUUACAGAACCAGAAGCAUUAUGUCUUUUUAAUUAAUUAGUAUUUAUUUCUGCUGGAAGUGGUUUCCAUUGAAGUUGAACAGCUCCUGGAGUUGUGUUUACACAAAAUGUCAAAAUGCAUUAUAAGGCUGAAAUAUGACCGGUCGUAUGAAAUAGUGUAAUUAGAUUCAUGUUCAAUUAGUCAAAAAUGCUGCAUAUAUUCUAUUUAAAGUGGUAGUGAUGUGGUUGCACUGAAUGGCUCCAGUUAAAGUAUGCAGCUGUGUAAAUGGGUCAAAUAUUGUAAUUUGCUUUGGAUAACUCUCAGCUAAGCAACGGUUUAAUAAUAGUAAUAAUAAUAAUAAUAAUAAUAAUUGAACACAACAGUACUGUACAUGUGGCACAGCACAGCCCAGGGGAAGUACUACUUGCAUUUAACUGUACAUGGCGACUCUUCCUUUCCACCUCUGGGCAUCCUUGGGCCUCACUCACAUCCUUGUCAGGCACUUUAAUUUUUUCACUUGUUCAGCCUGACAACAUGGAAUACGUGUGUCUCUCCAUGUGGUUAGCGCUAACGACAGGGGAAGUAUGUAA